CCCUCCCUCUUCCCCUGGGGCAGGAACUAUGUUCGCAUCUAACCCUGAUAGAGCUGAAGUAAGCUACACCAGACCGAGCCACACUGUGUCACAUUACUGACAGACGGUUGUCACCUCCCUGACAGGACAAUAAGAACACACACAUACCCAUACACUGCCCCCACUUGGACACUGAAGCAGAGGCAACACUGGUGAUAGAGGGAAAGAGAGAGCAAGAGAGAGCAAGCAGACAGAGAGCUGGUCUGGUCUGGGUUAUGGCGUGCAGCAUUGACAAGCCUGUUAACUAUAGAGUCAUAUAAAUGCUUUAUAACAUGGGUCUGUGAAUCUGCAUAGAACACGUAAGCAUAGACUGCCAGCCGCUUCCCGCCUUCUGCAGCAUUGGACAGCACCCUGCUGGAUAUGCAUGUCACAGGGGCAGGGGGACAGUCACAGCCAAAGAGAGACUAGUUAGCUGAGCCCAGAGGACUACAAUCAACAGGUGGAGCUGAACGAAUAAGAUAUUAGUCGCAGGCUCAGCCAACAAGACCAGGGACAGAAGCGUCAGUAGAAGGCCCUGUCAGCGAGAGCUCUGGAGAGCAUGUGGAAGCCACAGCUAUUGUUUAAAACAACUCCAAAGACAACAACUGAAGCCUAGCCCCAGAGACUGAAGUCACUGCACAGAGCUCCGGAGACAACACUGAAGCCUAGCCCCAGAGACUGAAGUCACUGCACAGAGCUCCGGAGACAACACUGAAGCCUAGCCCCAGAGACUGAAGUCACGGCACAGAGCUCCGGAGACAACACUGAAGCCUAGCCCCAGAGACUGAAGUCACGGCACAGAGCGUCGGAGACAACACUGAAGCCUAGCCCCAGAGACUGAAGUCACUGCACAGAGCGCCGGAGACAACACUGAAGCCUAGCCCCAGAGACUGAAGUCACUGCACAGAGCUCCGGAGACAACACUGAAGCCUAGCCCCAGAGACUGAAGUCACUGCACAGAGCUCCGGAGACAACACUGAAGCCAGCGAAACCACAACCCCUGAGCCCAAAAGAGACCAUCACUGCGGGAUGGCUUCAACACUGUGACUGACUCUAGACCCACUGGAGUUUCAACUGUACAGCUGGGAACCAGAGCUAAAGACGAGAAUAAUAGGAUACUAAACUCACGUCUCAAAGGGAUUAUUGUGUGGUUGUGUGUGUGGCUCUGUGUGUGUGGUUCUGUGUGUGUUGUCUUGGGUGUAGCAGUGCAGUGUGUGAGCUAGUUUUGUUUUAAGUUCUGUGUGUGUAGUUCUCCAUCAGCAGAUGUUGCAGAAAUGGCCAACAUGGUGGUCCAGCUCUUGGGCUUCUUCCUGGGUCUGUUGGGGCUUGUGGGUAGUGUAGUUGCUACAGUGCUCCCCCACUGGCGGCGGACGUCAUAUGUGGGCUCUAACAUCAUCACAGCCACUGCAUACAUGAAGGGGCUCUGGAUGGAGUGUGUGUGGCACAGCACGGGCAUCUACCAGUGUGAAGUACAUCGCUCAAUGCUGGCUUUGCCACCUGACCUGCAAGUAGCGCGGGCGUUGAUGGUGCUAUCCUGUCUGACCUCCACCCUGGCGGUCCUGGUGUCCUCUACAGGGAUGAAGUGUACCCGCUGUGCCCGACGCUCCCCCACCAAGCACGUCCUGGCCAUCAGUGGAGGGGUCUGCUUUCUGUCUGCAGGCAUGCUCUGCCUUAUCACUGUCUGCUGGACAACCAAUGAUGUCAUCCUCGACUUCUACAACCCCAUCCUACCUGAAGGUAUGAAGUAUGAGAUUGGCAUGGCAGUGUAUUUGGGCUAUGUCUCGGCCUGUCUAAGUCUGAUGGGAGGGGCGGUGCUCUGUUGGAACUGUGAGGGGCGGCCCGGGAACGCCCUCCCCCUCCAUAUACCUCGUCAUCACCACCCUCCUCCUCCCCCUGUCUUCAGCACUUUAAACACCCCAGCACCCCCCUACUAUCCCCCUGCCGCGCUGAAUGGCAACCGCACUCCCUCACGCACCUCAGUGUCCAGCAGUGGCUACAGACUCAACGACUAUGUCUAAGGGACGGAGUACACACUCAAUUAUUACUUCCUAGUGUGGAAGUGGACACACUUAAUGAUUAUGUUUGAAUGUGGAAUAUAAUACAGACUGAUUGACUAGGUCUAAGGGAGGUUCACACUCAAUGACUUUCCAGACAACCUCCAGAGAGUGAGUGAGGAUGAGUGUGUUUUACAGUGUUGAUGUUGUUCAGGUUGUGUCCUUCCUCUCUAGUGCUUCUCUGAGGUAAAGUCCACAAGGUAAUCCUGUCCUCUUUAUCCUGUUGACUUUGUAUGUUCCCUAUAAGAAUCCAGAAACACACUUUUGAACAUCAACAGCCUUAUUAUCUGAUACAAAACGAGCUUCCUUCGUAAAGGCCUUUAGGACAAAGACAGCAUAUACCAUAAUGAUAAGCCAUAUAGUUUUCUUCCAUAUAUAUUAUUAUGUGUUCCAGUUUCAUAGCUCAUAACUUCAUGGCUGUUAGAUGAACACAAAUAGAUUUUUAACUGCUCCAAUUGUUGUGAAGCACUUCCUGUCUUCUCUAUUAUUUAAUAUAUGUAAACUGCUUUAUA